CAAUGAGCACAAUCGACUCAAUUUGCAACACUAGUUCCAGUUUUUAAUCUGUGUAUUGUGGAGGCGACCGCGUUGCGUCGUAUUGGAUUUUUCCGACUUUUAUUAGCAAAAAAGCAUAGUCAAAUAACCAAAUCUUUACCUGAAAAUCUAAAAUCAUGGGCGUGACCGUAGACACUAUUACCCCAGGAGAUGAGUCCACAUACCCCAAGAAUGGACAGACCGUAGUAGUGCACUACACGGGCACACUCACCAGCGGGAAGAAGUUCGAUUCCUCGCGCGACCGCGGCAAGCCCUUCAAGUUCAGGAUUGGCAAGGGAGAGGUGAUCCGAGGCUGGGACGAGGGUGUUGCUAAGAUGUCAGUAGGAGAGCGCGCCAAGCUGACUUGCACCCCCGACUACGCCUACGGCCAGCAGGGGCACCCGGGCGUCAUCCCACCCAACUCGACCCUCAUCUUCGACGUGGAACUCUUGCGUCUCGAAUAAGCACCCACUCACCCACAAACAUUCUAUAAAUGAAAUUGACGAUUGUCAAUUGUGUAUGGUAGGAAUUCUGAUCUAAAACUGCCAGUAAUACGUGUUCUUCGUGUAAGACCAGUACUGCUUCUAUAUAACUGUUUCAAGGUUGCCCUUCUCUCGUACUUACUAAUUUUAUGCCCAGCGUUUCUGUGAUCUGAUGAAUUGAUUACUUUGUUGGCAACCCAAACAUUCCGAUAAAGCAUUUUUCGCCUCUUAAUAUUAAAUUAUGUAGAAAUAGUCCUAGAGUAGUAUUGAUGUUCGAAAACAUCUAAGGCAUACAGAAUUCUCAAUAUGUUUAAGUGGGUAGCACAAGACAAUUACCAAAAUAUUUUUAUUCUAUACACGAUUUUGUAUGUUCGUACUAAGAUCAAUUUGUGCACAAUGAAUUCACAGCUGUGUAGUUUUUGUCAUCUUUGUGUGUAGGUAAUAUUUUCAAAGCUUUAUUCAGAAAACUAAGGUAUAAUAAACUUACGAGAUCAA